UCUUUUUUUUUCUGCGCAGUUUCUAAGGGGGUAAGUUAAACAUCGUAACUAGCGGCGCAUUAACGCACUUCUCUUGUGUUUUUAUGAAUGUAACGUUAACGUUGACGUACGACAGCGUGAAACUCAAGCAUGGAGACUUUUACAUCGACUUAAUUGGACGGAGCCGACGGGGAAACACUAACCAGAGAGAGGGGGUUACCAAGGUAGUGACGACGCGCAGGACCGUGGAGACAGCGGGGGGAGAGAGUAAUAGCAGUAGCACAGAGAGAGAGAGAGAGAGAGAGAGAGAGAGAGGGAACAAUAAUACAAACGUUAUGAAGUUUAACUCAGGGAGGCUGAGAGAAGUGGCUGCGCACUCAUAGGCUACAUGUAAGGUCAGCUUUGGACUGAAAUCACCCGCAGGCUCGUUGCUGACUUGUCGAUGAAGACCCUUUCUAAUUGUGGACAGGUGACAGCUACUAACUGCCCAAUGGAGAAAUAUGAAAAGCUGGCCAAAAUUGGUGAGGGUUCCUACGGCGUGGUGUUCAAAUGCAGACACAGAGAUACUGGUCAGAUAGUUGCCAUCAAGAAGUUUGUGGAAUCUGAAGAUGACCCGGUCAUUAAGAAGAUUGCACUGCGAGAAAUACGCAUGCUGAAGCUGAAACACGUGAAUCUGGUCAACCUGCUGGAGGUCUUCAGGAGGAAAAGACGGCUCCACUUGGUGUUUGAGUUCUGUGAGCAGACGGUCCUCAAUGAGCUGGACAAACACCCUCGAGGGGUACCAGAGGCUCAGCUGAAAAGUAUAGUAUGGCAGACUCUGCAGGCUGUUAACUUUUGCCACAAGCACAAUUGCAUCCACCGCGAUGUAAAGCCGGAGAACAUCCUCCUCACCAAAACCGGAGUCAUCAAGCUCUGCGACUUUGGCUUCGCCCGCAUCCUGACAGGACCAGAGGAUGACUACACAGACUACGUAGCAACCCGCUGGUACCGGGCCCCUGAGCUGCUGGUUGGAGAUACUCAGUAUGGGCCUGCUGUGGAUGUGUGGGCUCUGGGCUGCGUCUUUGCUGAGCUGCUACAUGGAAAUCCACUCUGGCCUGGGAAGUCUGACGUUGACCAGCUUUACCUCAUCCGAAAAACUCUAGGUGACCUGAUCCCUCGUCAUCAACAGGUCUUCCGCUCCAAUGUUUUCUUCAGUGGAGUCAGUAUUCCUGAACCUGAUACAACGGAGCCCUUGGAAAAGCGUUUCCACGGAGUGUCUCCUCAUGCCCUCCAGGUUAUGAAGUCUUGCCUGGUGAUGGACCCCUCUCUCCGGCUGUCCUGUGAAGAGCUGCUGGAGCUGCCUUACUUCCAGGAGGAAGGAGUAGCCAACUGGGGCCGUGAUGGUGAGCGCCCCGGGAGACGACAUGACAAAGGCUCCCGACGUAGACAGGCAGGGGCUCAGUACCUGCCACAGUUACCAAACAGCAACAUCUCACCAGCACCGGAUGUAAAGAAACAGGUGAAGCAUAAAUAUCACCUGCCCAACAUUUAACAAAACAACGAAUCAGUCUACACGUUUGUGGCUGAACUGAGAAAGAUGGACUUGUGAUCUGCUUUGUACUAUCAUUUCAAUACAGUCCUUUAUUCCUGCA